CACUAAUUAAUGUAUUUCUAACAUACAAAUUCUGCCUAAAGAAAUAUUCCAGUGAUUUAAUUACAAACCCCAUUUAAUAACUAGCAAUAUGUAAUCUGAAUAAUCAUAGUUGAUAGCGCUCUCCUACUAAUUAAUAUUACACAGUAUCAUCUUAAACAAGACCAUUUCAAGAAAGUCCAAAAUAAAAUAAAACAAAAGAACAAUUAGAUUCAUUAUACAUUAAUCUAAAAAAGGAAAAUCAAACUCUUAAAGAUAAACUGUAACAUAUUAGUGCUUAAGUUGAUGAAGCCUAAUAAAAGUUGGAUUAUUAUAAAAAAUCAUGA